UUGGGCUCAGCCGAACCCAAAAGAAGAAACUGAACCAUAAACCUCAGGGCCCACCCAAAAUUUCCUAAUCCAUAUAUAAAAAUCCUAUUUCAGAGGCGAAAAACCCUAACCCUAACCCUAACUCUGACCUUCACUUUCCUAUCGGCAAACUACAGCCAUCCACUCAGGCAACUCCAUUGAUUGAAACCAUGGGCCGCGUUCGCACGAAGACAGUGAAGAAGUCGUCUCGUCAGGUAAUCGAGCGGUACUACUCUCGCAUGACCCUCGAUUUCCAUACCAAUAAAAAGAUCAUCGAAGAAGUGGCUAUAAUACCAUCCAAGAGGCUACGCAACAAGGUCGCCGGGUUCUCCACCCAUCUGAUGAAGCGAAUACAGAAGGGUCCCGUUCGUGGCAUUUCUCUGAAGCUCCAAGAAGAAGAGCGCGAGCGACGCAUGGAUUUCGUCCCCGAUGAAUCGGCAAUUAACGUUGAUCACAUAGAAGUUGAUAAGGAAACUCUUGAUAUGCUUUCGGUUCUUGGGAUGGCUGAUAUUCCUGGGCUUGUUAAGGUUGAUCCGGUUGCUGUUCCAGUUCCUCAAAUCGGCUUCGGUCGCGGUGGUGGACCUGGAAGGAGGUUUUAAGUGAUGGGUUUCCAUGGAUUUGACGGGUUUUUAAUCUUUAGUUCGUUAUUAUUAUUUUUUUUUUGUUGGAACAAUUUUUGUUGCUAUGUUAAAUGGCACUCAAAUUUAUUAAGUCUGAUGUGUAGUUUCUUUUAGAAGUUUUUUGAAAUGGGUAAUAUUUAGUUUUUGCCAUUGUUAUGGCUUGAUUUUUAUUUUUUCUUCGAAUUUCAUUUUAGAUACUCAGAUAGUAUUUAGCUCUUGACUGCUAGAAAUGGUGAGUGUGAGAUUAAGGCCCCUAUUUAGCAUUGCAAUUUGGAGUUUCUUUCAAUCAUAAUGCUGAGUGACGCUGGAUGAGGUGAAAUUUUAAGGUGCUUCUACCAUCACAGGAGCAUCCGAGCCAGAGUCUGCCUUAUUGUGUUCAUCCCCUUCCUCUCCUUCAUCUUUCUCUUCAUCGGUUUUUGCUUCUUUAGCUUGAAUAGCUUCUGCUUCUUCCACAGGAUCAACUCCUGCUUCUGAACAAAUUUCUUGAGUAUU